CGGAUAGCUUAUUCUCAAUCCGCCUACUUUCCAUAAAGAAGAAGGCAUCCUCUCAAAAUCCAUGACAACUUUUUCUCAGUCACUAGUCCUAUAAAUCCAUGUAAAAUUCAUAAUUACACCUCCACAAAACUGAAAUGCAGGCAUUUCUCUUCAUCUCUCUGCUUGCUGUUUUUGGAUGCACUGUUUCAUGUAAAACUGAGAGCAAUUGCCUGACAAAAGAAUCGGAUGCCGGUUUAGAAGCCGAGUCUCCGGCGGCGGCGGCUCGGCCACCACCGAAGGCUGAAGAUGGCAGCUCUGGUUCGGGCCAUGGCUCUAGUCCCGGUGGCAGCUGGGAUUAUAACUGGGGAUGGGGCUCAAGUCCUGGGAGCGGUUGGGGUUAUGGUUCGGGAUCUGCGGAGUCCCCAAGUGGUAGCGGUCAUGGCUUUGGAUUCGGCUUUGGAUCCGGGACUGGCUCGGGUUCCGGCGGUGGAGGUGGCGGUGGUGGUGGCGGUCGAGGUGGAGUUGGUAGUGAUAGUAAUGGAGCUCGCAGGGGAGCCCAUGGAUUUGGUUUUGGUUUUGGUUUUGGUGGUGGUGGUGGUAGGGGCGGUGAUACGAAUACUUGGAGGGGGAAGUUUCCGUGGUUUCGAGGUGAUGAUGGAGAUGAUUGAACCCAAAUCUACUUGUUUUAAAUGGUUGUGUAAAUUAUACACAAUUACACACUAAGGGAGAGAAUAAAUUUUCAGGUUGUAUAUUUAAUGUUUUUGAACUCGGUAAUUAUGUGCCUAUGAAGGGUUAAAAACAUUCCUUAAUGUUUUUUUCUGACCAACCAUGUCAUAUCAGGGUCACUGAUUAAUGAAUAAGGUAAUUUGGAUGUCAAGUAAAUUUUUGUUUGGUCGUGUCGUUACAAUGGAUGUGAUUAAGGGAAAUAAUCAUUAA